AUGCGAGAAGAGACAAAGCCAUUCGCUCUCCAAUUUGGGACUAUAAGUCCUGGUAUUGUGAAUGGGUUGCAGAUUCCUGCCAGGACCAGCUCAGCACCACCUAACCUUGACGAGCAGCUGCGAGACCAGGCUCAUCAUGAUUCAUUCAGGGCUGUCCCCACACAGCCUAUACCUCCUGGUCCUAAGCAGAAGUCAGAACCGGCAAGGAAGGAUGUAGUUGGCAUUGAACAAUCUACUAGUGAGUUGCACCCUCCUGUGCAGCAACCACCAAUCUCUAUGCAAUUCGGUACCCCUGUUCUGCAACAAAUGCCUAUGACUUUGCCCAUAGGAAAUGCCUCCCAAGUUCCACAACAGAUGUUUGCUCAUAAUCUCCAGUCUCAUCCUAUGCAGCAUCAGGCAAUGAUUCACCAGGGACAAGGCUUGGGUUUUGGACCUCAACAUGGUCUCCAGCUUGGUCCACAGUUUGGGAACCUUGGGAUUGCUAUUACUGCCCCACAAUUUUCUCAGCAGCAGCAGCAGCCUGCAAAUUUUGGCGGCCCUCGUAAAACUACCGUAAAAAUUACUCAUCCAGAGACCCAUGAGGAGUUGAGGCUUGAUAAGAGGACGAAUUCUCAUGUGAAUGGUAGCUCAUCAGGGCAAAGGCUACCUCGUAAUGCAGGGCCACAAUCUCAUACUAUUACAUCAUUCACUUCCUCACAUUAUUUUCCUCAGAUGCAACCAAAUUCAUAUAAUCCUUCACCAAUCUACUUUCCUACUAGCACAUCAUUGACUACAGGUUCACAACCGCCAAGGAUUAGCUACCCAGCUGGACAGAGUGGCCAAGCCAUUUCAUUUAUGAACCCAUCACUCCUGAAUCCCAUGCCGGGUAGCAAAUCUCUGAAACUUUUGUAUCUGUAG